AUGUGCCACUUCUUUUUAAAUCAUCUGCAUCAGCUUGAUUCAACAGCACUUAACAGCAGUUAUGAAAAUCAUGUCAAUUGCACUGGAGUAAGCAGUCUUCUCACAAAAUAUUUCCUGCCUGUUGCCUACGCUGUCGACUGUGGAUUUGCUGUUACUGGAAACAUUCUUGCCAUUUUUGUCUACAUUUUCCAUAUGAGGCCAUGGAAGAGUAACACUGUCAUCAUGUUUAACUUAGCAAUGGCUGAUGUUCUUUACGUCAGCUCUCUUCCAUUCUUUGUUUAUUAUUAUGCCUUGGAUCAAGGAUGGACUCUUGGAGAAUUCUUGUGCAAGUUUCUCAGGCUUAUGUUCCACAUGAAUAUGUAUGGGGGAAUUAUGUGUUUAACAUGCAUAAGUGUGUUCCGCUACAUUGCCAUCACUCGACCAAUGUUGAGACAAAGAAUUCGGAAAAAGAAAUGGGCCAUCGCGGCAUGUGUAAUUGUCUGGAUGAUAGUUCUGACUGAACUUCUGCCCAUUCUUCACGUUUUUACUAUAGAAUACAAAAACAAUACGGUUAUCUGUUAUGACUAUGGGAGCACCCCAGAUAUCGAAAAGGCGAUAACAUACAGCUGGGUGUUGAACAUUCUUGGAUUUCUCCUACCCAUGGUAAUUGUGUUUAUAUGUUACAUUUCUAUUGCCAGGAUCCUCACACUGGGCCCAUGUGCUAGCCAUUCCCGGAAAAUUCGUGCCAGACGCCUGACUAUCAUAAUCCUUUUUAUGUUUAUAAUUUGCUUCAUGCCUUAUCAUAUAAUGCGUUCUGUGCGGUUAUACAGCAGGACUGCAGUGACAAGCUGCCAGACAGAAGACGCAAUCAAUGCAGUCUAUAUUGUCACAAGGCCACUGGCAGGCCUCAGCCCUUGCUUCAAUUUAAUAUUUUAUGUGCUUGCAGGAGACAAUUUUCAGCAAGCGCUCAUAAACUUGUUCAAGUGUCAGAAAGGUGGCCCUACAACAGUAGGAUGAAAAUGAAAAAAAAUAAAACCUCAGUACAUAUGAAACUAUAUUAAAGUAUGUGUUGUGAACCAAAGAAAAUUCACAUUCCUUUGAAGUGUUACAUAUUACAAUUAAAUUAUCAAACAUACAGAAUCCUCUAUCAAAUUACAAUUCAAAAAGAACGCUUGGGAUGGACUUGCAAUUAAUCUAACUUUGGUUUCUGCCAUGUGACUGAUGAUGAUGGGACGAACUUCAUCUUCCUACAGCCCUAGAGAGGAAAUGCAGCCUUAGACAAUCUAAACACUGCAAUGUAAACAGGAAUGCUACAAUUUUACUUAACAGAUCUCUUCAAAAUAAUACUGUAUUUUUAGUCUUUCAUAGUAAGGGUAAUCUAUGACAUGUAAAGGUUACAUUUGUCAAAAAGCCAGGGGUUUUUAGUAAUCCUGGGGCUAUCGUCACAAAAUGAAAAAGUGAAAAGAAAAAAGGCAGAAGAUCCUGGAAAACGUGCAGAUUAAAUUUAUUUAAGUUCUAUUUGGAAUACUUUUACUGAAAUGUUGUUUCAUUCAAAUUUAAUUUAAAUUAUUAUUUAUGUUAUUUUUGUCAAUUUUGUGUUUUACAUCAUGUUUUUGCAUUGAAGGGCAUCUCAUUGUAACGACAUGCAACAAAUGAUGAUGUGUCAGACACCAUCAUAUUUAAGCUCAAGGGGUUAUGAAAAAUUUUUGUCAAAAAUAUACUUAAAAAAAGAAAGUCUUUUUUGCAAAAACUAAAAAAUACAGUAUCUCAGUUUUC